CCCGGUCCCUCAUCAGUUGUUAUUAUUAACACUUAUUUUUAUUAUGUUGUAGGUUUUGAUGUUGCGAAGACUGGUGAUGCUCGAAUUGGGUUUGUGGGUUUUCCCUCAGUGGGAAAAUCUACUCUGCUGAGUAACCUUGCUGGUGUGUAUUCUGAAGUUGCAGCAUAUGAGUUCACCACAUUGACUACUGUGCCAGGAGUCAUUCGAUAUAAAGGAGCAAAGAUACAGCUUCUUGAUCUCCCGGGAAUUAUUGAGGGAGCUAAAGAUGGGAAAGGCAGAGGUCGGCAGGUCAUUGCAGUUGCUCGAACUUGUAACCUCAUUCUGAUUGUUCUGGAUGUACUAAAACCACUGGGGCACAAAAAGAUAAUUGAGAAUGAACUGGAGGGCUUUGGAAUACGGCUGAAUAGCAAGCCCCCAAAUAUUGGUUAUAAGAAGAAAGAUAAAGGCGGCAUCAACCUCACAGCCACAUGUCCGCAGAGUGAACUAGAUGCGGAAACAGUGAAGAGUAUCUUAGCAGAAUAUAAAAUUCACAAUGCUGAUGUCACACUGCGUAGCGAUGCCACUGCUGAUGACCUAAUUGAUGUUGUUGAAGGAAACAGAGUUUAUAUUCCAUGUAUCUAUGUGCUGAAUAAAAUUGACCAGAUUUCCAUUGAAGAACUGGAUAUCAUUUACAAGGUGCCACACUGUGUACCAAUCUCUGCUCACCACCGGUGGAAUUUUGAUGACCUAUUGGAAAGAAUCUGGGACUACCUGAGGCUGGUGCGAAUCUACACCAAACCUAAAGGACAGUUACCAGACUACACUUCUCCUGUGGUGCUUCCUGACUCCAGGACCACAGUGGAGGAUUUUUGUAUGAAAAUUCACAAAAAUCUCAUUAAAGAAUUUAAAUACGCGCUGGUCUGGGGAUCAUCUGUUAAACACAAUCCGCAAAAAGUUGGCAAAGAUCACACGCUUGAGGAUGAAGAUGUCAUUCAGAUUGUGAAGAAAUAAAAUUGUUCUUGCUGA